UCACUACUAAACUACUCGCCGGCGAGUCCACUGGCUUACUCCAACACCGCCAUCGUAACAGAGCCACAAUGCGACUUCUUCUGUCGGCCAUUUUGUUGAUGUCCGCCAUCUUGUCGUGUGCGACGCAAGCGCAGUACCCACGACCACGCCGCCCCGAGCGCUUCGACACCGCAGAGCAGAUAUCCAACUAUUUGAAGGAACUACAGGAGUACUAUUCAGUACACGGUAGAGGAAGAUAUGGAAAACGGCAAAUGCAUAUAGCGGACGCAUCUGUAAUUUUCCGAGAGACGCCAUUCAUGGACCAUUCUAUUAAUGAAGAUGUGCUGUUUAAAAAUCUCGGCUAUAAGUAAAAGACUAAUUAAAUACAUAAUAAUAAAUAUCUAUCAUAAAUUGACUGUGUACAAUGACGAUAUUGUUUUAUCAACCUUUUUGGCGGGAAAUUCUUGGAUGCCCUUUUUUAACUGUACGCACUAGACUAAGACAUUACAGUUCAUAAUGCCAUAAUUAUUAGUAAUAAUAAAAAUAAAAAUAACAAUGAUAAAUACUUCCUUAUUAAUUUCCUACAGGGGUUAAUUAUUAUUUAUUUAUUUAAUGACAUUGAUAACGAAUCUUAAUUAUAUAGAAUGUAUUAAUUUAUUUUAUAUUUUGCCAAUAAUCUUUUACUUUCUUUCAAUCUAGUCAAAUUCAUUACUUUUAAAUAUUUAAGAUGCUAUAAUGCCUAAAUUCGGUUUUCAGGCUGGGUGAAAACUUUUAUUAGGU